AUGAUCGCGACAGUCCUUCGCCAGAGUCCGGUCAUCGCUGUUGAUAUGGCUAACUCCACCACAACCACAACAACGCCUUCCACCACCACAAGCGUUAGCCUUGGCGCCAACAACGGCGCAGAAACUAACACAAAUGCCACAGCUCCCGAGCUAAACGACUUGGACUACUUCGUCAACGUACUGCAAUUACGGGAUGGCAGAACAGAGAACCAGAUCGAGGAUGACCUUGUGUCUAAAGCGAGUGCCCUCGGCAUCUCGAGUGCACCAGUCGCUGAUAAACGCAACACGUCAAGCGUCGAGUCGGCUUCAACGGCCUACAAUGCGCGGACGUUCUCUAUGCUUUCCAGCGGUUCAACCAGUACCGCCUUGACAACACGCUCGUCAUUGUUUGGUCCGCCUACGCCUGACCCAGCGCCAUCAAGUGGUCGCCAAUCCAAUGAUCUUAGCUUUGGCCAAUACGAUCGAUACCUGUCUGUGAUUGAUCCUCACCAUAACCACCCAAAAACUACAAGACAAUCGCUUUUGCCCGCCGAUUCUCCUCCAAGCAUUUUUAGCGGCAAGACGAAACGCAGUUUAUUCAGUGUCAAAUCAGGAUUCAAAUUACGAUGGAAGAAGAGGUCCCCCCAGCCGAUUCAGGUCGUUCUGUGCGUAACCCGGACUCCGAUUGAUAUUGUCUUACAGGUCCAGAACAUACUGACUGUUGUCGUAGGACCUGUGUGA